AUGGACCGGAACCUACAUAGCAGUCCGCCACGGGUGCCGGACGAUGAUGACGACCCGAACUCUUCUUUUAGCUCAUCAUUCGUUGACGACUUGCAACUACAUUCAGAAGGGUCUGUCGUGACCACCAUCCUCGAUCGUCGGCGCGCCCGUACAGUCCGCAUGAACCCAUUAUCUUCACCUACACAGCCCAGGACCAUAGAACGCUAUACCCGCCGCGCAAGGCAGGAUGCCCGUGACAAUCGUCUUCUGCGAAAUCGCGGAGACCUGGAACAGUACGUUAUGGACCGCCAGCGCCAGCUUUCGUUACAGCAGCUUAACGAAGAGGCAGAGCGGCAUACGAUACCAGAGGAUGAACUAAACAUACUUUUGGAGGAGGAACCCUCGCUCGCGAGCGGGUGCUGUUCUCCUCCGCCGUCUGUGGCUUCUGUCUCGCCUUCCCAAGAGGACGGAAGCGACGAUGACGCAGAAAUUAUCCGAAUGCUGGAACAGCGGGAAGAGUACGAGCGCUGGGUCGCCGCAGAGCAGGAGCAGAUAGAAAAGAUGAUGGAAUCAUUCAACCUCGGAUAG